CUGCAACCAAGUGGGAGCAUCAUGGCCGAGGAAGACCCCGUCGUGUGCGAGAUCCCAGUGCAUCUCGCCGACUUCCUGCGUGGCAACCUGCAUGUGUUCCAGUACCCGCUGCGCCCGGUGUACCGUGGCAUGCUCACGCGACCAGCGAGCGCCAAGUACAAGCCCGAGAACGCCAUGGUCACGCUCGAAUACCCGGUCAACACCGAGACCAACUACAACGCGGAAGACCACACGCCGCUGCCGCCCAUGCUACCGCUCACCUCGAAUGUCGUGACGCCAGUCUCCAACUACGCCGCCGGCGUCUUCCGGAAGGGCCAGCUCCACUUGACGCCGGUCUCGAGCAUCAUGCAGCUGCGCCCGUCGUUGCAGCACCUCGACGAGUCGGACGACGAGGCCUCCGACGACGACAUGGCCGAUAUCGAGACCGAGAAGAAGGCUGCAGACGCGACGCCGGACGUCAAGGAGGUCCAGGUGCAAUUCAAAAAGCGGCAGUCGGAACGCGCGCUUGCGGCCAUGCAGAGCUCGUACGCAUACAAGCGGGGUCUUAUCCAGAGCGAGAAGUGGAUCCCGCUCCGCGUCGUCUCGGAAGACGAAGACAAGGACGAGUUCGAACAGCUUUUCAGCGAGACCGAGGCGCCCGUCGAGUUUGAUGUGACGCCGGCCGCGUACCUUCGCGCGCUCAGCUACCGCAACGGCGAUGAGAUGAGCACACUAACGCUGGCCUCGGACGACGUCGACAUGGUCGGCAACGACGACUUGGACAAGAAGGUCCUCGAUAUCCUCACGACCGACAAGGUGCUACACUUCAAGGAGCUUCGGUCGCUGCUCCCGGUGAAUGUAACCACGGACGAGCUCCGCGCGUGCGUCGACCGCGUCGCGACCGUCGUCCGCGGCUGCCUCCUGCCCAAGAGCACGCUCCUCAAGACGCACGUCGCGUACCGGUCGUUGCUGGCCGACGAGUUUGAAAAAUCCGCGUCCAUCUCGCGCAGUGAGUUUAUCGAGGCGCAUGGCGUGCCCGCCGACAUUGCCAAGUCGCUCUUGCAAGAGUACGCGGUCCUGAACCCGGCGACGCGGCUCUGGCAGCUCAAGCGGGCCGACGACAACGAGCAAAAGUGGCAAUAAUCUCGCUAUCCAAAUUGGGCAUCCAAUAAUGUACUCUGUACUACUAUUAUCCAGUGUAUUCCUUCGCUGA